CUAGGGUGACUAUGUUAAAAAAACCCAAAACAAAACAUAAAUAAUAAUAUAAAAAGUAAACUAAAAAUGUAAAAUGUUGGCCAAGAUUUAUGAAGAAAGAUUAUUUAUUUGAAAAAUUUUAUAAGAAAAACACUUUUUUUCCAAACUUUUUGGACUUUUUCAUUUAUAUAGCAAAAAAAAACCCCAAUGGUUAAUAAAUACCACCAAAAUAAAGUUUUAUCUGUCUCAAAAAAUGCAAAAAAAAUUCAUAUGGGUACAGUGUUGCAUGAUCGCACAAUUGUCAUUCAGAGUGUGAUAGCACUGAAAGCUGAAAAUUGGCCUGGACAGGAAGGGGGUAAAAGUGUCCAGACUUGAAGUG